AUGGGAGCAACUUGCACAUGUGGAGACCAUGAAGUAUGCAGUUUUGACGCUAACGGAGUCAAGGUCUGCUUAUGCAAAGAAGGUUUCGCCAAAAGAGAGGACGUCUGCACAAGAAUAUGUGAUGAGACAGAAAACGCAUGCAAACACGGUGGAGUUUGCAAGAAAGAGCCAGAUGACGGUCCUUCCUUCUGCCAUUGCAAAACAGGAACCAGCGGUGAUUUGUGCUCUGUGAUCGACGUGUGCAAAGACAACGCAACGUUCUGCGAUCCUGAAAAGGAAGCGACUUGUGACUACAAUGAAACGAAGGAGAAAGCAUACUGUCGAUGCAAAUCUGAGUUGCAGAAGUUCGACACAGCAUUGAGAUCAUGCAGAAGUGUUUGCAAAGACCACAGUAACUGCUUUAACGAGGGCCAAUGCGCUGCUGAUGUUGAAAACAGUGAAAAUAAGUUUUGCCGGUGUGAAAAAGGUACAAGUGGAGAUUUUUGCUUAGGAGUUGAUGACUGUUUAGAUGGUUCUUUGCAUUGUGGUGAUGCGGAGAACGUAACAUGCAUUUGGGACAUAAAAAUGAAGCUCGCAAAGUGUGAUUGCAGGAAUGAACUCUUUUAUGAAAAAGAAACCCAGACCUGUAUAGAUUGCAAAACUUGUGGUAAAGAUUAUCAUGGUUGCAAGAUUGCUGCUGAUGAUGCCAUAAGUUGCUUGUGUAACGAAGGUUUCAUACAACAUGGAAUGGAAUGUAAAGGUAUUUAA